AUGGUGGUGAACGAUGCUGGAGAUGGCAGCAACGUCGUUGUUGGAGGUGAUGGUGACUUGGACUGUUCAAAAUUGGUUUGGUUCAAGUUUUAUAAGGAGGGUGGUGAGAGGAAUCUGAGUUGGAGCCAAAUUGCAGCAACAGAAGCUGAGACUGUGGCAGCAAUAUCAUGCUCAGGACAUGGAAGAGCCUUCCUGGAUGGUUUGGUUCUUGAUGGAACUGAAGGACCAGUUUGUGAGUGCAACACUUGCUAUGGAGGCCCUGACUGCUCUCAUUUCUUUCCUGAUUGUUUUGCAGACGCUGAUGGUGGGGAUCCUUUAUUCUUGGAACCCUUCUGGAUGCAGCAUGCAGCCAGUAGCGCACUUCUAGUAGCAGGGUGGCACCGGAUGAGCUAUUCAUAUAGUGACCAGUCUUCCAUGUCCGAAGAGCUUGAGAGACACAUCCGCAAACUACAUGCCAUUGUAGGAAAUGCAGCCACUGAUGGAAGAUAUAUUGUAUUUGGUGCUGGCUCAACCCAACUCCUUAAUGCUGCAGUUCGUGCUUUAUCUCCAGAAAACUCCUCAUCACCUGCCAGGGUGGUGGCUUCAAUUCCUUUUUAUCCGGUUUAUGAAUUGCAGACAGACAUUUUCCGAUCGGUAGAUUUCAAUUUUCAAGGGGAUACAUCCUUAUGGAAGAACAAUUCAGACACUGGUACAGAAAUAAUCGAGUUUGUGACUACACCAAACAAUCCUGAUGGACAGCUGAAUAAGGGUGUUCUCCAUGGUCCAAAUGUCAAAGCAAUCCAUGACCAUGCAUAUUACUGGCCACAUUUUACGGCUAUUCCAGCUCCGGCACAUGGGGAUUUGAUGAUAUUCACUCUUUCCAAGUUUACUGGUCAUGCUGGCUCUAGAUUCGGGUGGGCAAUCAUUAAGGACGAGGUCAUCUACCAGAGAAUGUUAACCUUCCUGCAGCUAAAUACCAUGGGAGUUUCUAGGGAUACUCAGUUAAGAACUUUAAAGCUUCUAAAAGUAGUCCUUGCUGGAGGAGGAAGGGACCUGUUCGAAUUUGGGCAUGAGACAAUGAGGAAACGCUGGGAAAAAUUGAACAAGGUCAUUUCAAUGUCGAAACGCUUCUCUCUGCAAAAAAUUGCACCCAAGUACUGCAUCUACUUCCAGAAAAUCAGGGGAGUUUCACCAGCUUAUGGAUGGUUGAAGUGUGAAAAGGAAGAAGAUAAAAAUUGUUUUGCAGUACUGCAAACAGCUGCCAAUAUCACCGGCCGUCAAGGCAGUGUGUUCUAUGCAGAAGAUCGCUACGUGCGCCUCAGCCUCAUCAGAAGGCAAGACGAUUUCGAUUUAUUGCUUCAGAAACUAAAUGAGUUGAUCACAGGAGAAGAAGGUCCCAAGACUAUGUGA